AUGAAACUGCCGCCCCUGUGCCGCCUCCCCCUCGCCCUCGUGCUGCUCUGCCUGACGUCUCGAGCGAGAUGCUACGUGCACAACGACGUCAUGAAGUUCGGGGAGGAAAACUCUCUGAAGUGCUCGCAGGGAAGCCUCUACAUCCUGCACUGCGAAGUGAAGUGCGUGAAUGCGAAGAACCGAAUCAUCCACCGGAGCUGCAUAGACCAAGUGGAGGCCAAGUGCAUGGGGAACGCCAAGUGCAAGUACUACUUCGACUACGUGGUGAAGAGCAGAGGGCAGUCCCUGCGGAACAAAAACGAAAUUGAAAUUGAGGAGUGCGUCGAAUCUGAGAGAAACGAAAUCAAAACGUCUACGACGUGUCUCCUGAGCAACUCAUUCCUGCUAGACGAGACCUACAUUCAGUAUUUUUUUUUUAUAAAAAAUAAAAAUGAAGAACCAAUCACCUGUAGGGAUGGAAGGUUAAGUGUGAAAAGCGCUAUUUUGCACUCCCCCUUUUGUAAAAUUAACCUAAAGGAUAUCACAGAAAUUUUGAAAAGGCAAUGUGACCACAGCAAAGAAUGUGUAAUCAACCCCUACGUGUUGCAGAAGGAUGCUCUGAAUGAGAGGGACCAGUGCUAUAUUAACAACUCAUAUGUAUCUCUCAACGUUGUGUGUACGAAGGAGGGGGAGGAGCAGCCCGAGGAGAGUGGCCACAAGCAGAAGCGGGAUGAUGACGUUGACGAAACGGAGGAGGGGAGCUACGACGUUAGCGCAGAUCAGAACAAAAGUGCGAUAGUCGGCGAGGGAAAUGAUGACCCCGAGUCGCUUGGCGAAGAAGACGAGCUGAGCGAAACAAACGAGGCGGUAGACCUCAUAAUGAACAGCAAGGAAAGUUUCGAAAACAAAAUUAGAAAAGCGAAGUCGAUCCUUUUAUCCCAAAUGAACGAACAGGAAGUGAAGAAGAAUGCCAUUUUUAAAAAGCUAGGGGAGGAACUCUCCAAAAUGGUCCUCCAAAAAUAUGAGCCGUCCGAUCUGAAGGACCUAAUCGAAGAUAGGUACAACGAAAUGAGGAGAAGCCCCGACCAAGAUUUGUAUUACCUUUACCUGAUAGACACUUUAGAAAUUAACAAAAUGGAAGACCUAGAUGUGACAGCUCUGCAGGAUCAGCUAGCCAUUUUGCUGGAGGAGCAAAUGGGCAAGAUGAACAGAAUCGAGAAAACCAUAAACAGGCUGAGGAAGAAGUACCUCUCCAUUUACAACAAAGCAAAGAAUAAAAAAGUGAAGGACAUUUACGAUGAGGGUGUAGACCCUGUGUUGACUUACGACGACUUUGCUCAUGGCAAUGGGAUAAUUACAGCCGACAUCUUCUUCAAGUAUAAGCCAGCCAUCAAGCCACUUACCUUUAGCAAAUCUAAUGCCAGUGAGGAGAGAGGCUCUUCCAAAAAAAAGGAAUACAAAGACCUACUGGAGAUGGACGCUCUUGAUGAAUACAACAGGAAGAAGCGAAUCACAGACAUGAGAAACGGUCUUAUGGAGACCCUAAAAAAGAUGUAUUAUGCGAAGAAUGGGAUCUUUAACAAUUUGGCUAGCUGCAUCAAGUCCUACUGCUAUAAGAGGCCACUGAACCUUAAUGCGCUUAGCAGCGUGCUCAAGAGGAACUUCGAAAACCUCAGGGAGAAGAAAAGCACCGACCCGGUUGCCCCCAUCGUCCGGUACCUCCAGAAGGUUAGCGGAGAGGUUGGCGGAGAGGUUGGCGGAGCGGCAGGGGGAGCGGCAGGAGGAGCGGCUAGCGGAGCGGCUAGCGGAGCGGUUAGCGAAGCGGUUGGAGGAGCGAUUGGCGGAGCGGUCGGCGAAGCUUCCAUAGCAGUUAACCCCCCUCGCUGGGAGAAGAGCAGGCGAAUCCUGCAGAAACUCAAAGCGCUGCUGCACCUCGGCUACCAACAGGCGCUGGACAAGGAGCUCGAAAUAGACGAAAGGACAGAUAAGUACAACGCGCUGAAUGAGAAGGCCAAGGAGUAUAACCUCCAGCGGCUGUUCAGCGAGAGCGACAAGCUCCUGAAGAAGGUCGCCAUGCUCACCAGCGCCAGCGAGAGCGCCGACGAGGUGUUUGGCAACCAGGCCUCCUUCUUCGACGUCUACAGGGGGGAAGCGGCGAGUCAGAAGGGUGUGGCGGCGAGCGAGAAGGGUGUGGCGGCGAGAGAGAAGGGUGUGGCGGCGAGCGAGAAGGGUGUGGCGGCGAGCGAGAAGGGUGUGGCGGCGAGCGAGAAGGGUGUGGCGGCGAGCGAGAAGGGUGUGGCGGCGAGUCAGAAGGGUGGUGAGACCAGUGAGGAGGGCGAAGCGGCGAGUCAGAAGGAUGUGGCGACCAGUGAGGAGGGCGGUGCCUCCAGUGAAAAGCGCGACGACGACGAAAUGAAUCCCCCCGACGAAGGAUACGAGAGCGCCAAAGAGGAUGGAGAGAACGCUCAGGACGAUGACAGCGGGGGAAAUGCAGAACCUGUUGAAGGAAAGGCGGGAGAAAGUGAAGAUGCCGACGGGGUAAAUGCGGGAAGUAACAAAGAAGGUGAGGAUGGCGAAAGCGUCGAGGAGGAAGCAGCAGAGGGGGAGGCUGCACCGAAGGAGGAAGCAGCAGAUGGGGAGGAUGCACCAGAGGAAGAAGCAGAGGGGGAGGAUGCACCAGAGGAAGAAGCAGAUGGGGAGGAUGCACCAAAGGAGGAAGCAACAGAUGGGGAGGAUGCACCAAAGGAGGAAGAAGCAGAGGGGGAAGAUGCAUCAAAGGAUGAAGAAGCAGAUGAGGGCUCUACAGAUGAGGAGGAAGCGGCCGAUGGGGGCUCUACAGAUGCGACCGCCGCGGAUGAAGCCGCUGGAGGAGUGGCCGACCAGAACGAUGUCCCAGUGAAGGGCGAAGACAGCGACGGGGCAGAGAGCGACGGCGCGGAGGACGCGGCCACCGAAAUCAGAGGCGAAGCGGAAGCGGGAGAGGAAGCGGCGGAGCAACCCACCGGAGAGGCAGUGGUGAAAGGAGACUCUGAAGGAGGGGCAUCGGGCCUGGAGACAGAGAAGAAGGGUGAUGAUGGCGGGUCCUUCUUCCAAGGCCUGAGCAGAGUCCUCCUAACCGUCUUGGCGAUCCUCUCCCUGGAGUUCCUCCUGUAA